AUGAAUACUGAUCAAGUUCGUCGGCAGUUGCCUGUUAUAGUCCCUGUUUCUGCUGUUUUGGCCGUUUGUGCGCUUCAUUUACAGGUAAGGUACGGAGAAAAAAGUGAUGGACUAGUAACGUGCCGCGAUGCUGAAGUUCCAGGCUCGCUGGUCGUGAAGCCAGGUAGGAAACUUGACCAUGCAUGGAUUACUCUUCAUGGAGAAAGGAUCCAAGGGAACCCGACUGUUGCGAUAUGUGUGAAGCUAUUAUGUUUGAUGGAAAAUUGGACCAUCAGAGUUGAUGUUAACUUGCAGUUGCCUGUAAAGGGAGGGCAUCUUUGGCUUUUCUGCUUGAUUAAACUUUAUGGUGGAAACUCAGUCCAAGACAUAUAUGCAGCUUGGAUUCCAGUAGCUUAA